AUGGAUGAACUCACGAAAACUGGUGGUAGGCCACCACUGUCAUUCAAAGAAAUAGCGGAUCGUAUACUUGAUGUUGAUGGGAACAAUAUACAGCCAAAACGUGGUAUAAACAUUAUCGAUGAACUUACUAAGGUCUCGGCACCGGUUCAAUUGGAUAAUUUGUCCUCACCAAUAACAGGUUUCCAUGGGCUGAAUUUGUCGGCUGAUAAGGAGAGUACAAAGUCUUCUGGCGCUGCGAAUCCAUUGGCUGGUAACUCAAAUUCAAGAUUUUCUGGGGCUGCGGAACCUCUUUCAUUUGCUAAAGUAGUGAAUAACGCAAAGGAGAAUGUAAAGGUUAAUUUUCGGAUGAUGGAAUCUAGUGAGUCAGUUGAUGGAGCCGAUGUCGUUAUUCCAAUGUCUUCGGUUAAACAGGUCUCUGACAGGUAUGCUAACACUUUGUAUGGAUAUUUUCUGGGUAAACGUCUGGCUUUCCCAGUGGUGGAUUAUUUCGCAAAGAACAACUGGGUUAAAUAUGGUCUCUCUAGACUAAUGAUGAAUGCGAACGGGUUCUUUUUCUUUAAAUUCAAAACAAAGGAAGGGAUGGAUAAAAUGGUAGAGGAUGGACCUUGGAUGAUUAGAAAUGUCCCGAUAAUUUUGAAGGAGUGGUCGGCCUCUGUCAAGUUGGAAAAGGAAGAUAUUAAAGCUAUCCCAGUUUGGGUCAAGAUGCAUGAUGUGCCGUUAACAGCGUAUACUGAGGACGGUCUUAGUUUGCUCGCGUCUAAGAUAGGGGUGCCUAAGAUGUUAGAUUCGUACACUGCUACAAUGUGUGCUGAAUCGUGGGGAAGAAGCAGUUAUGCUAGAGCUCUCAUUGAAAUUCAAGCCGGGGAUGAGUUAAAGAGGAGUAUUACUGUUGCUAUCCCAUCUUUAGAUGGUAAUGGUCAUUCAAAGGUGGAGGUAAAAAUCGAAUAUGAUUGGGAGCCUUUAAGGUGUUCAUCUUGUUGCGUGUUUGGUCAUGAAGAUAGCUCGUGCCCAAAGAACCAUCAAGUUGUUUCGAGUGGGGAUUCUGGGAAGAAAAUUGAUGAUUUUCAGGUUGUGGGUGCCAAGAAGAAGAAAGCUACUAACCAAGGUCUCCACAUGAAAAAUCAGAAACCUAAGGUAGUGUAUAGGCCUGUUGUAAACCCUAAACCAAAUUCGUCGUUAAGGAAGCCGAUGAACAAUCAGGUAUCAACGUCUAACUCAUUUGAUACCCUUAAGGACAAUGAUGGUGGUCAGGGAUGUAGUACGGUGGGUCGUAUAGAGAAGAAGGUCAAGCAGGCUAAUGACAAGCAGGAUUCAGAUGAGGAGGAGGUCGAGGAAGUCUACAAUGAAACUAAUAAAUUUAUGACUUCGGGAACACAUCCUUCAUCUUCUAGAGCUCGGGCAAGCAACUCCUCCACAAAGGGUUCCAAUGGCUAG